AUGGUCAGACAAGCCGCGGUGGCCGUGCUGCUUUCGCUGUCUGUGGGCCUGAACGUUUUCCUUCUCGGGCAAGGGCGACUUUCGCCAUGGAUCUCAAGGCCUGUUUACAAUGCAUCCGUGCCGGCUGUGGCCACGGGCGGGCAGUGUGUUUGCCCCAAGUGCCAGGAGCCUCCUCCCUGCCCUGGUGCUGCCAAUCGGCUCUCGGGCAAGUUCCGACAGGUGGCCUUUUACGACAUGCAGACGGUCUUCCCUCAGCUCCAGAUGUUUGGAGAGAAGUUUCAGACCAUGAAUGUUGGGGAGUGGACACGCUUCAACCAGCUUGGUAAGCCGGGAGACGUGCACAGCCAGUGGUCUCAGGAGUUUCACGUGGCUUCCUACCUGAACUGCAAGAGGAACGGCUUCUUCGUGGACCUCGCGGCAAACAUUGCUAUCGAGAACUCGAACACGCUGACCCUGGAGCGCGACUUCGGCUGGAACGGCAUUCUGAUCGAGGCCAACCCGAUUUAUUGGUGGGGCCUGCUGCAUCGGAAUGCCAGCCUCUUCCUGGGACCGGUUGGUGCUGAGGACGAGAAGGUCACCUUCCAGCUCCACGAUGAGACAUCUGGCAUUGUGGGCGAAGACUUUGAUGCAAAACCCAAAAAAGGGAAUGUUAUUAAGAACUACCACGCCAUCUCCUACACGACGACGUCGCUGGAGAGCGUCUUGAGGCAAUUCGGUGCACCUAGCCAGAUCGACUUCUUGUCCCUGGAUGUAGAGGGUGCCGAAAGCCUCGUUAUGAAGAACUUUCCUUGGGACACCUACACAUUCAGCGUGCUGAACGUGGAGAGGCCAAAGCCGGACCUCCAGCAAUGGCUUGGAGACAACGGGUAUGUGCUGCUGAGGUCCAACCCAGGAUGGGACGAAACCUACGUCCACCGAUCCAUUCCUGAUUUCCAGGCUGUGAAGGCCAAGUGGACGGGCAAUGGCAACAUCGACCUACCCAUGGGGUGCAUGGAUGCACUGGGUUAUGAACACCCGUGGAAUUCAAAGUGGCCACCGCCGAGACAGCCCAGGCACGGUGGGCUACCCCCUAUGGGCCUCCGGACUCCCAUGCGAAAGGCACCUUGA